AUGUGCUGCUGCCUUUGCGUCUGCAGCAGCAGCAGCAGCGCCAGCGACUACCGAUCCAUCAGCAGCAAUAGCAGCAGCAGCAGCAGCAGCAGCAACAGUGUCUGCCACAGAAGCAACGGAAGCCAUCAGCUGGUUUUGAAGUUAUUUGAAGUUUUUAAUCGCUUUGGCUUUUCUUCAGUAGGUUGUGUAGUCCCUGUCAAUCCAAUUUAUCCCUGUAUUCCUGCGCUGGUCGUUUCAGGUGUCUUCGCAGCUGCAGCAACAGCUCCUACAGCAGCAACAGCAGCAGCAGCACCACCACCAACACAUUUGUUUCCCAUCGCAUCAAGUAGACAGUCUUCAGAAGAACCGCUUCAGACAACAGCAGCAACACCAGCAACGCCGGCAGCGCAACCGUGGAGCUUGCUGCUGACAGCAGCAACAGCGGCAGCAGCAGCAGCAACAGGUAUUGAGGCAGUGAACAGGUAUUUCCCUUAUGGUCCUUUUGCCAUUCUUUCGUCUUUUCAUUAUGAGGCAGCAGCAGCAACAACAACAGCGGCAGCAGCAGCAUCAGCCUCAUCGCAGUUGACAGGGGUAGCCAGCACCCCCACCGAGCCCUGCAGCAGUUUCGCUACCGAUUGCUGCUAUUCUCCUUUCUCUCCUCUGUGGCAUGCAUCAGCGCACAUCUGUCUUGUCCUUUCAUACAUAACUCGAUUAGCAGCAGCAGCUGCAGCAGCAACAGCAGCAACAGCAACUGCAACUACAGCUGCAGCAGAAGUGAUAAAUGGCGUGAAAUUGACUCCUCUGCUGACCAGCAUGGACGGCGACACUCCCAGCGUGUCGGACCUGGUUGGGAGCCUGCGCCGGAUUCUGAGCGCUCAGAGGGCAGCAGCAGCAGCAGCAGCAGCGGCAGCAGAAGCACAAGCAGCAGCAACAGCAGAGCCCACAACACCUGCAGUAUCUGCAGACGUGUCAGCAGCAACAGCAGAACCAACGACUGAUUUGCCGGGUGCACACGGUGAGGGCGAUCCUUCUGAAUUGCAGCUGCUACAACAACAACAGCAGCAGCUGCUGCUGCAGCAACAGCAGCAGCAGCUGUUGCUGCAGCAACAGCAGCAGCAGCUGUUGCUGCAACGUGAGCAGGUCCUGCUGGGGCAACACCAGCAAGAGCAACAGCAGAGGCUGGAGCUGCAGCAACAGCGGCGGCAGCGGCAGCGGCAGCAGCAGCAGUUACGACGGCAGAGGCUGAGGCGAGAGCAGCUGCAACGCCAGCAGCAGGAGCAGCAGGAGCAGCAGCAGCAGGAGCAGCAGGAGCAGCAGCGACAACAACAACAGCAGGAGCAGGAGGAGCAGCAACAGCAACAACUACAACUGCAGCAACAACAACAACAGACACCGGAGCAACAACAGGGGCCAGCGCAACCGCUGCCGCUGCAGCUGCAGCAGCAGUUGCUAUUACCGCUGCUACUGCAGCAACUGCCACGCCAACAAGGACGACGGCGGACUGCGCAGCGGGUGCAGCAAGAGUCGGCGUUUGGCCAAUCACAUGAGCAGCUUGAUCAGCAGCUACGAUUGCAGCAGCGUCUACUACAGCAACAGCAGCAGCAGCAGGAGGAGCAGGAGCAGGGGAGCAGCCUGGCAGAACAGCACGAGCAGCUGCUUAUACGGCAUAGGCAGCUCAUGUUACAGCUGGAACAGCAGCACCAGCAGAACCAGCAGCAGUCGAUACUGCAGGGGCAGGUGGCGCAGCAGCAGCAGCAACUACUGGAGCAGUACCCCCCGCAAGAGCAGCACCAGGUCUUGCAGCAGCUGCUGCGACAGCAGGCGCUGCAGCAGCAGCUGUCCGAUGAAGCUCGAGCGAAAUUCGCAAGGGAGUUGGUAGCUGCAGCAGCUGCAGCUGCAGCAACACUGCAGCAGCAAGAGAGACUGCAGCAGCAAGAGGUGCUGCAGCAGCAGGAACAAAUGCAGCAGCAAGAAAAGCUGCAGCAUCAGUGCAUAGUGCAGCAAAACCAGCAAAGGGAGAUAGAGCAGCAGCAGCAGCUGCUGCUGCAGCUGCAGCAACGGCAGGCGCAGCAGGCGCAGCAGGUGCAGCAGGCGCAGCAGCAGCAGGUGCCGCAGGAACACACAGGGAGGGAAGCAGAAGCGCCGCAGAUGGGGUCUGGCCGAAGUUUGGAUGAGCAGAUCGCCUUGAUGACGUCUCUGCUGCAGCAGGAGGACCUGCAGUCCCUGCAUCAGUACUUGCAACAGCACGGGCUCCUGCAGCAGCACCAGCAGCUCCAGCUGCAGCAGCAGCUCCAGCAGAGGUUGCAGCAACAGCUGCCGCCCAGCUCGUCGCAGCAGCAGCCACAGCCUGAUUCACCCCAACAGGCGGUGGAGGCGCAGCAGCAGCAGCAGCAAGAGGCACAGGAACAUUCUCAGCAGCAGCAAGAAGAGGCACAAGAUCGUCAUGAUCAGCAGCAGCAGCAGAUUCCUCAGGAGCAGCUGCAGCAGGCGAAAGAGUUAUCUCUACAGGAUAAGAUAGAUGAUCUGGUGCAGCAGCGCGUGCUGCAGCAGAUGGUGCUGCCUACAGACAACCCCAACAGCUGCAGCAUAACAUCUCGCUUCCUCCUCCGUAACCACAUUACUAUGACUGAAGACCUCCAGAGAGUUGGUGCCUAUCAGCAGGCCUUAAAGCUGCGUGUCAGUGCCCCGCAGGGGCCCCCACAGGAGGCCCCUCAGGGCCCCCUUGUUAUAGAAAUAGGGACGGGCCCUUUCGCGCUUUUGUCUAUAAAUGCAGCAAGAGAAGGGGCCCGCCGAGUUGUUGCGUUUGAGGCGGAGCGCAGCAGCAGCAGCAGCGCUUGCUCCUUUGUCAGGGCAUUGGGAUACGAGCAGCAGAUUAAGGUGGUGUGUGCAUACACAACAGAUGUGUCUCCGGCCCGAUUCAGGAAGCUGCUCAAGCCAAAGCCGCAGCAGAAGCAGCAGCAGCAGGAGCUGCUGCAACUGCAGUUGCUGCACAGCAUACAGCAGCAGCAAGAGCAGCAUAGAUCCACCAACACCCGCGCCGGUAGCCGCAGCAGGAGCGGCAGCAAAAGGAACUCACCUUCCCCGCCUGCAGCAGAAACACCAGCAGCAGCAGAAGCAGCAGAAACACAAGAGGAUUUAAGUAACACGCUGCUGCUGCACGAGAUAAUUGGGGACUUCGCUGGGAAUGAAGGCGCAGCAGACGUCGUACUGCACCUGCAGCAGAUGCUGCGGCUGCUGCAACUGCAGCAGGGUAUAGAUACACCCCGUCUCCCCCGAUCUAUUCCGCUAGCAGCAAGAACGUUGCUGCGCCCCUGCUGCCUCCCUGGAGAGCAGCAGCUGCCCUUUGCCCACCACACCUACUUGCAGCGAAGCAGAGUAUCUCCUAGAAGGAGACUGCUGCAGGCUGUGGGGUUGCUGCAGCAGCCGCUGCUGCUCGCCGAUUCUGCUGCUGCUGUGGAGGUGCUGCAAGGACUUAGCUCAGAUCCCAAGGCCCGCAUUCUGCAGCGACCGCUUACUAAGGAGCAAUCAGACGAACUGCAUCAGCAGCAGUGGCAACAGCAGCAGCAGCAGGGUACGCGGGAUGACGCAGCAGAAGAAGCUGCAGCAGAAGUACCAACAUCUGAUGCAGCAGAUACUGCAACAGGAAGGAUGACGCAGCAGAAGAAGCUGCAGCAGAAGUACCAACAUCUGAUGCAGCAGAUACUGCAACAGGAAGAGCCCGAGGAGGGACAAAGGACCCCUCUACAACGGCCAUGCAACCGACUGAAACAGAAGCAGCAACGGAGGCACCAGCAGCAGCAGCAGAAACAGAAGCAGCAGAAGAUACUUUGGAAAGGUGUGCUCGUAGGAACUGAGACUUGCCCGAGCAGCUUCACUGAGGACCCCGAAGCGUCGCGGUCUGUGCAGGGUACGUCGUGCUGGUUCAAGGGGAUCGUACUCCUCCCCACGGAGACGCUCGUGCAGAAGGGAGACAUCAUUCAUGUUACUGCCUCAGCGGAUCUACAAAACUACGACCCUGAGGCCGCAGUGCGCUCGAGUCAGAAGAUGGGGGGUGGGCGCAGCAUUAGCAGCAACAGCAGUUUCAGCAGCAGCAGCCGUUCCAUUUCCGAUAAAGGUUCUUCUCCUAGCAGGACCAGCAGCAACAACGACAGCAGCAGCAGCACCAGCAGCAGCAGCAGCAGCAGCAGCAACACCAGCAGCAGCAGCAGCAACACCAGCAGCAGCAGCAGCAACACCAGCAGCAGCAGCAGCAGCAGCAGCGGUUGGAACCCUACAGAAGAUCUGCCUCCGCCUGCAGGAAACGAGCAAGCCGAAGCCACGACCGACGUUGACAGAGAAGCAGCAGCAACAGCAGCAGCAGCAGAAGCAGCAGCAGAAGCAGCAUCAACAACAGCCAUACGAAAGGGGGGCUCUCCAGGGUCCUCGAAAGCUAGAAGCAGCAGCAGCAGCACCAGCGGCAGCAGACGUAACAGCGGAAAAGCAAGCGGCGAGUCAGCCCAAGCAAACGAAACAGACGACCGCAGCGAAAAGAUAAAAUCUGUCCCUCAUGGAGACAGUAAAGAAGAGCCCGGUGUUUGUCCUAUUGUAACAACGCCAGAGAGCAGCAACAGCCAACCCAGCUGCAGCAGCAGCAGCAGCACGUUCUGGAGCAGCUGCGACAGCAACAUCCGAUCUGUUCGCCUACGUAGGACCUGCCACAACGCACCAGAACACAGUGAACUGUUGCUGCCAAAGAGAGAGGAGAAACAGCAGCCUAGAGGCAACCGCAGCGCACCAAAGAAGCAACCACAAAGCAGCAGCAGUAGUAGCAGCAGCAGCAGCAGCAGUAGUAGCAGCAGCAGCAGCAGCAGUAGUAGCAGCAGCAGCAACAGCGGUAGCUCGUCUCCCCCAGCUCGUGGUGGCAGGGGAGGCAAAAAAGCAGCGGGAGACAAGACGCAGAGUAACAAUGGCAGCCCCCAGAAGCAAAGCGACAACAGCAGCAGCAACAGCAGCACAAGCAAGGAGAGCAGCACAAGCGGAAGUCCAAAGGAACCCAGCAGCAGCAGCAGCAGCCAAAGCAGCAGCAGCAGAAGGCGUAAGAGAUUCCUUGAGACCACGCAGGAGCCUGAAGAGGUAAAGCGCAGUCGGGCUAGGGGCUGCGAAGACUCUGCCGCUGAAGGUCCUCCACAAGGGGGCCACGAGGGGUCCCCUGAUCGUGCUGCAGCAGCAGCAGCAGCAACUGCAACUGCUGAUGCUGCUGCCAGUCCCACUACGGAAAGGCAGCAGCUAGAAGCGCAGAGAGAAGAAGAGAUAGAACGUCUGUCUACAUUACUGGAGCAACGGGGGCGGUAUGCCCGGCCUCACUACCGCUUUAGUGUGACGGUAGUUAGAAAUAAUGAAUCAAUAUUUAACUCUUCGGUUGACCUCCCCAUAGAAGAACAGUGCCCGAUGGCCCCCCCAGAAAACAGCAACGGAAGAUGCACAAACGAAGCAGCAGCAGCAAAGAAGACAACUGCCGGCGGCUCGUCCUGA